AUGGAGCAGUUGGUAGUCUCGCUUUCAGCGACGAAAAAACCUAAACCUAUCGCCCGCUCCCUCGCGCCCCUGUUGCUCCCUCCUCGAUCCCGAUCUGGAUCGAGGGGACGAGGAGCUCCUGCCUCCCCGACGGCCGGCCUCCUCCUCGCCCCGCCGCUGCAUCCGGCGCCGCCACGGGCUCUGGAGCCAGGGAAGCCAUGGCCUGAGCUCGGCCUCGAGGUCCCCCCGCCGUCUCCUGCAGCUUCUGCCCCGCCGCCUCAACGCCCGAGCUCGCCAUCGCACCAACCUCGGCACCGCGCCGCCGCCGGCUCUGGUCGCCUCCACCUCCACUCCAGGCAACCCUCGGUCGUCGGCUCGCUGGAGCACGACGGCAGACGAUGGAUGCCCUGGUUGUGUGCGACAGAUGCAGUUCUUACGCGCAAGCUAGGGUUGGAGCCGCCAGCUCUUCAUCCUGCCCGCCGGCGGCGAGUCUUCCCGUCCCGCACUGCCGCCUCCCCGUUAUCACAGAUCCUUGAGGUCAGGUGCGGCAACUAGCGACAUGUGCUGGAACUUCUGGCAUCGCUGGCGGCGGCAUCACCUGCAUCGACCUCUCCCUGGUCGCCUUCGAGAGUGUGUGCGGCCGACCAUCAAGCUUGUUAUGACGCACUUUGAAUUUCCGAGCAAGUCGCA